AUGGCGCUGGUUACUAUGUGAAGACUUUGGGGGGAAAAAAAUCUGCAGUAUAUAUUUUUUUGUUAUUGUAUUGCAAACGAAAGGACGCCAUUGCGUGAAUGUUGAUUUCUUUCUGACUUGACAUCGUUGGUGUGGAAGGGGUGAGUUGCGAUGAGUGAUGUGGUUGAAAAGACUCUUACCGCUCUCCCGAGCCUCCUGUCAUUGGAUUCCCAAUCGGGUGCAGGCAAACUUUCCAUCACUUCAAAAUUAGGAAGUCUCAUAAAGAAUAUCACCGAGCUAACAUCUAAACAUGAAGAAUCAAAACUAAUAAAAAAGGAGCUGUCGACAAUCAAAGAACAAAUUUCUUCCCCUCACACAACACUGAGACAGAUGAAGGAGAUAAUGGUGAGAAUGAUUUACUGUGAAAUGCUUGGUUAUGACACCUCUUUUGGCUAUAUACAUGCAAUUAAACUAGCACAGCAGGGCAGCCUAUUGGAAAAAAGAGUGGGUUACCUAGCAGUUUCUUUAUUUUUGAAUGAAAAUCAUGAACUGCUUCUUCUUCUUGUAAAUACAGUAUUAAAGGAUUUGCAGAGUACCAAUCUUGUAGAAGUUUGUAUGGCUUUAACUAUAGCCAGUCAAAUUUUUCCAAAAGAUAUGAUCCCAGCUGUGUUGCCACUGGUUGAAGAAAAACUGCAGCAUUCAAAGGAGAUAAUCAGAAGAAAAGCUGUGCUUGCACUAUACAAGUUUUAUUUAAUUGCUCCAAAUCAAGUCCAGCAUAUUCAUGACAAAUUUCGGAAAGCACUUUGUGACAGAGAUCCUGGAGUCAUGAUAUCAUCCUUGCAGAUAUAUCAGCAAAUGAUUAAGGAUUGUCCAGAUGGCUAUAAAGAUUUGACAGGGAGCUUUGUGGCAAUUCUAAAACAGGUUGUUGGAGGAAAACUCCCAGUGGACUUCAAUUACCACAGUGUCCCAGCACCAUGGUUACAGAUUCAACUACUGAGAAUUUUGGCCUUACUGGGAAAGGAUGAUCAAAGUGCAAGUGAACUAAUGUAUGAUGUUCUGGAUGAAUCUUUAAGAAGAGCAGAAAUUAAUCACAACAUCACAUAUGCAAUUUUGUUUGAAUGUGUGAAGACCAUAUAUACUAUACAUCCAAAAUCUGAUUUACUUCAGAAGGCAGCAAAGUGCAUUGGGAAGUUUGUUCUGUCACAUAAAAUUAACUUAAAGUACUUGGGAUUAAAAGCUCUCACCUACGUAGUUCAGCAGGAUCCAAACCUUGCCCUUCAGCAUCAAAUGACAAUCAUUCAGUGUUUGGAUCAUCCUGAUCCAAUUAUCAAGCGUGAGACUCUGGAGCUGCUUUAUCGAAUAACAAAUGGUCAAAAUGUAAUAGUCAUAGUGGAGAAGAUGCUUGCCUUUUUAUGGCAAAGUAAAGAUGAAUAUACUACUAUUGACCUAGUUGGAAAAGUGACUGAACUGGCAGAAAAAUAUGCCCCAGAUAAUGAGUGGUUUGUAAAAACCAUGAACACUGUAUUUUCUUUAGGAGGUGAUGUGAUGCAACCAGAUAUACCAAACAACUUUCUCAGACUGCUUGCUGAAGGCUUUGAGAAUGAAAUUGAAGACAAACAGUUGCGACUAUUUGCUGUAGAGUCCUAUCUGUCUCUUUUGGAUAAAGAAAACUGUAAUUUUCCACAGAGAUUCCUUCAAGUCAUUAGCUGGGUUUUGGGAGAGUAUUCCUAUCUUAAAACAGACACUAAUCCAGAGAUUGUGGCUGAAAGAUUACAAAAGCUUCUUGACCAAAGCAUCGUUUCACAAGAAACAAAGAGCUGGAUCAUGGCAGCAAUCACAAAAAUUGCAAGUGACUCUGUUUGUUCCAGCACUGUAACUGAAAUUGCUGAGAAGCAUAGUGUGUGUCUGGAUACGGUUCAGAGACAACAUGCAUUUGAAAUGAAAGCACUACUUGAUGACAGAGAACUAAUGAAAAAAAUAUUACCCAAGGAUGCAAGUUGUGAAGAUAUAGAGGUAGACAUAUCUUUGUCAUUUCUGGAUGAAUUUGUGGCCAAUGCAUUAGACCGUGGAGCUGCACCUUACAAACCACCUCAUCAGAGACAACAGGAACUUUCUCAAGCCAAAGCCCUGAAUUUUGAGCCAUAUGGCUUGUCUUUACCAAUUAGUGCUUCAUCCUAUAGUAUUGCAGGAAGACAGUCUCCUACAGGACUCUCGUUAAGUUCUGGUUUAUCAGGGAACAGUGCUGAAAUGACACAGAAAAAGGGAUCAAACAGUCUUAAGCUUGAAGGUGUGAAAAAAGUUUGGGGUAAGGAAGGCUAUCUACCUCAAAGUGAAACCGCACAAGACGUUAAUCUUCCCUCUGCAUCUUGUCCUGACGUAGAAGCAACUACUAUGGAGAAAUUAGUUGAAAAUGCAGCAGUACAAUCAGAUUUGUUACCAGUGGCAUUAAAUGUAAAGGACCAGGAGAAACAGCAGCUGGCAUCAUCCCUCUUUGUAGGCAUUGGAUCCCAUGACACUCUAAGCCUGAUGGGAAAGUCAGAGAAUAAUGCACAGAGGUUUAGAAAAAGAAGCAAACUCAAAGAAUACUCAAAGGAAACUGAAAGGCUUUCUCAGGAUGAAUUUUCUCUACAAAGUCCAACCCAGAAUCUCCUGGAUAAUGGCAACUUUACGGAAUCCUCUGAAAACUUGAAUGGUUUGGGAACGCUUUUUACUAGCGAGUUAUCAAAGAAGGAAGAUUCUACAACUCUAGACUCUGACGAAAUGAGUAAACAAGAAAUGUUGACUGUCCCUACUAAGGGUUCUUCUUUGUUAUUUACCAGUGAUGAUAUGGUAGUUGUAAAGCCUUCACACAAUCCGGCAGAAAUUAGUUUCCUUCCAUCAAGCAAUCAGUAUUUUUCUUUGCCAGCAGAGCUAUCACAACAGGCACAUUCUGAAGUAGAACAGCUUACUUACAAUGAAUUUUUAUCUUUGUCUGCUUGCAAAGUUUACCAAAAGGACUGCUUACGUUUGGUUGUUUUUAUUACCAGCUACAGUUCUACUCCAAUUCCUCAUGUUGAACUCUGCUUUCCACAAAGCAAACUGAAGGUAUUUAACAGUGCAACACAUCAUGUCCAUUCACUUGAAGCCAAAUCUACAGUAAAUUGCCAGAGCUGUCUUUUGAUGGAAGAGCCUUGUGCACAGUUAGAUCUUGUUGGAAAUCUCACCUACCAUUUAGAGUCUGAGGAAAUAUCAGAACUGGAGUUUUCUUUGGCUUUCAUGUUGCCAGACUUUGUCAGGCCCCUCGUAAUUUCUACAGAUGACUAUGGCAAGCUCUGGCUUUCCUUUGCCAAUGAUGUGAAACAGAACCUUAACCUGUUGUCGAAUGCUAAAGACCCACUGACUGCAACACUAAACGUUUUGAAAGAUGACCUGCAUCUUCAUAUUGUUGACAUUAUAGGUAAGGAGAGUAUAGUUGCCUGUCAGCUACUCCCCUCCAUCCCGUGCCUGAUGCACUGCCGAGUUCAUAGUGGGAUGCUUGCUGUGUGGCUAAGGUCCCCAUCACCAGACUUUAUUGAUUGUUUACUAUAUCACUGUCAGAGGAUACUGCAAGAAAAAUGAUGUUUCAGAUAAUUAGUCUGUGUUUGUUUAUGUUUUUAUGCUGUUCUUUGUUGCUAUGACUUUCUACUCAGGAUAUUAAAAUAGCCUUGCAAUAACUUUCCUGAUUUAAUAUUUUCACAUGAAUGUUUGUGAUCGAGUUGGAGACCUGAGUUUCGCUGCAUAGUAACCAAGACAUUUUCAAUUAUAAUGUCUUUUAACUCUGCUUCCUUUGUCCUUGUAGUUUCUUGUAAUUCACAAUAAUUCUAAUCAAUGAAGUGUUUGAGCAAUUAAAUCCGCAGACACUAUUCUUUGUUGUAGGCAAUGAUCUGUGAAGAUCAGUAAAUUUAAAACUGCAGCUGAUGCAGUGUGAUAUAACUGAGGUGCCUUUGUAAAGUGUCUUUGUUAAAGUUAGGAGGUUUUAUUGUUUUUGUUUUUUACCCCUUUGAUGCAUAGCUCAUUGACUUGGCCGAGUUUCUUACUGCCUAACUGUUCUUGCAUGAAGGUAUCAGGACAUAGUUUCUAGUUUGAUCAUCAGAAGUGAAUAUUCUGUUCCUGGUUUUCUAUCAGUUUGUUUGCCUCAAAUUGUAACAGAACAAUCCUAUCACAUAUUCAUAAUGGGGAAAAAACAAAUUUCUUAUUCAUACACAGAAAACAUCAAAGAGGGUGCAAGAAGGUAAUCAUUUAGUCCUUCUCUACUUACAAGUAUUGAUGCACAUGUUUAUUUUAGGCCCUGAUGAACCUACUAAGAUAAUAAGCUUAUUUAAGAUGGUGGCCCAGCUGGCUUAUCAACCUCUCAUUAAAGGACUUAAAUAUCUAUUAAUAUAUGAUUAUUUACUUAAACAAGGCCUGGGGAAAGUUCACAGAUACAUUUGUUUGUUCUGAUUUUUUUAAAAACCAUUCUGAACAGCACACCUGUCUAUAAUGGUGCACAUAUCCUGUAUACAGUCCUAGUUGACUAUAGGUUACAGUAUGUGUCUUUUCUUAGAAAUGGCACAAUACGUAAUUUAAUUGAGAUGGCCUUAUGUCCAUUUAAACUAAUGCUGUCAAAUACCUGCAUUUUAAUAUUCUCUGUAACCUGAGAAAGAAUGAAAUGCCAUUAACUAGAUUUUAAAUUUAAUUCAAUUGAGUUUAUUUUUGUAUAACACUCUUCACUUCAUGCAGGUGUUCAGCUCAGUGACAAGCUCUCAUGUAAAUUACAAGUAUAGAUUUUACAAAUUACUAACACAGAAUUAGUACACAUAAUGGUAGAAAUUUGUUAAAACACAGUAGAAACUGAUCAACAUAAAUAGAAGCCAAAAAUGUCUGUCUAUUAUUAUUAUUAACUUCGACAGGUUAUUAUUAUUUUUUAAAUAUUAUUAGUAACUAUGACAGGUUGUACAACAAAAAAAGCCUAAGUGUACAGUUUUAAAGUCCACAGUGGACAGUAUUUAACAUACUGUAUCUUGGAUUAGGAAUGCCCAUAGUAUAGUAUAUCACUGUUAUGUUUCAGGUCUCAUUAAUGCUCACUGUCAUUCACAUUUAAUGAAUCUCCCACAUGCCGUGAUCUGUUGGUUCUUUUUCAUUGUACUGCCUAAAAAAUGAAAAAGGUGUUCGGGAGUUUUCUUGCACAAAAAACAAUUUUAUAUUGUUGUAAUCAUUCUCUAAUUACAUGCUCUCUGCUAUUUCCACCUCUGCACCGUUUUUUCUUUUAGUGCAUGGGAAUAAUACCACCUGUUACAGAGAAGACAUUUUAAAGGCCUGUCUUUUUAUCGGUGUGACUGCUAGUUUAAUUUAUUAAUCAGACUGUCUGUCACCCGCGGCUCUGCCCGCGUGGUAGUGAAAUAGGACAUACUUUAAAAAUCAAUAAAAAAAGAAAAACAAAAUGUAAUAAUUUGUAUUGAGAAGAAUUUAUAUUGACAGCUUUCGUAUCCAAGGGAACUCUUGAUAUACAGUAUUUUUGGUUUUUCUAUCGGGGCGAGAAUGUAGCUGUGAUCUCUUUGCCAAAAAUGUAAAAAGUUGGCAAGGUAUCUCUGGCCAAGUGGAAGGUAGGUACACUUUUCUGAUCGUGUUCAGCUGAGACGGGAGAGUGUCCCCUGCGUGGGGAGAACGAGCACAUGGCUGUGAUAUAUCUCUGCCAGUGAGCAGGUACCCUCUAAAACACAAGUAGCUGUGAUCUCUCUCACAA